UUUAAAAAAGGUGGAGGCUGGAUUGGACUUCGCAGAGAGGAUGGCUCGCAUCCAUGGAAAUGGUCUGAAAACAACCAGAUGACAAACUAUGAAAACUGGAAGAGUGGUGGUGAACCUCACCAUGGCUGCGCAUUAAAGUAUCGCAAUGAAUCCAGAUGGAGAACUGAUGACUGUGACAAAGAAAAUCUGUUCAUGUGUUAUGAGAGGUUGCUUCUAGUAAAGGACAACAAGACAUGGGAGGAGGCCUUAGAGCACUGCAGAUCUCUGGGGGAUGAGGAGCCACCGGGCUGGAACCACAGCUACGAUCUGGCCACCCUGAUGACUGAAGACGACAUCACCUAUGCUCGUCAGAAAGCUCAGCUGGCUUCUUCCAAUGAGGUCUGGAUCGGCCUGCGUUUUCUGGGUCAUGCCUGGUUCUGGGUGGGUGGAGAACAGGUGCAGAACCAGGAUUUUCCCAGCUGCCCAGCCUUCAGGUGUGGUGUCUUGGAAAAGGGCAGUGGUGUCUCCUUCGAGAUUCGAGACUGCAGUGAAAGAAGGAACUUCUUCUGCUACAGGAGCAGCUAACUGUAACCAUUUACGUUUGAGUACACACGUCUCUGAGCUUCCCCUUUAAACAUUGUUGGCAAAUUCACUCUGAACUGUCUAGGGGAGAACGUGGGGCUUCUCCAAGAAUAAAAUGACGAGAAGUUUCUAUAGUUGGACGUUUUGUGUGCUGUCAGUUAGUUUGAAAAUCUUUUUCUGUUUAAGAUCUCUGCUGAUUGCAUUCAUAUUUCAUUUUGGCCCCCAAACAAAUGUUAUUUAUAUUCCCAGAGCAGAAUGCAGAUUUGCUUGCUUUGAUAAAAAACUAAAGUAAAAUCUCAAGCUAACUUCAUGUUGGAUUUUAGUGUUUUCCUGCUUCACUGUAUGUUGUAAAGUUGACAAUAAAAACUAGACUUGUGUGUUAGUUGCUCAAACAUAAAGGGAUAAAAUCUAUGCUUAAAUCUGGUGGAGCUGGAUGUCUGGACAAUCUACAAAGAUGCCUAGCAGACAUAAAAUCAUGGAUGGAACUGAACUUCCUCAGUCUUAAUGAAAGCAAGACAGAGGUUUUUGUUUUUGGUAAAACCAAGUAGCUGACAGGUUGCUGCAGUGCUGUUGGCCCCCUGAACCCGUCAGUCGCUCCUUUUAUCAGAAAUCUUGGGGUAAAUCUUGACAGGCAUUUUAAAUUUGACAAGCAGGUCAAUGCAGUAGUCCAGUCCAGCUUUUAUCACUUGAGGCUAAUCAGUAAAGUUAAGCCUUAUCUUCCUCCUCAUGCAUUGGAAGUGAUCCAUGCUCUGACCUUUUCAAGACUGGACUUGUACAUUUGCAUUGACCAGUCUCUGCUCCGCCGUCUCCUGCUGGUCCAAAAUUCAGCUGCCCGCCUGCUAACGGGGACUAGACGGUGUGAGCACAUCACCCCAAUUUUACGCUCUCUUCACUGGCUGCCUGUGUCUUUUAGGAUUUUUUUUAAAGAUUUUACUCCUUUUUUUUUUAAAUGUCUGCAUAGUCUGGCCCCUCAUUAUCUUUCUGAACUUUUACAUUUUAACCGUCCGCGCCGAGUCCUCAGAUCUGAAGAUCAAAUGUUGUUAAGGGUUCCCAGGACUCGGUUUGUGACCAGGGGAGACAGAGCCUUUUCAGUUGCUGGUCCCAAGAUCUGGAAUGCGCUCCCCCGUUCUGUCAGGUCGGCCAGUUCCGACAGUGAUUUUAAGUCACUUUUAAAAACGUAUCUUUUUAACCAGGCUUUCAACUCCAGAGUGCAGAUUUAUUGGGUCAGCUAGUUUUUAUUGUUUGUUUUAUUGUACCUCAUUAUGUCAUUGUUUUUUUGCUUUUAUUGUUUCUUUUUGUUGUUUAUUGAUUUUAUUUCUAUGUUCAGUACUUUGGCGAUGUCAGCUUUUAUUAGUGCUUAGCAAAUAAAUUGAUUGAUUCAAUUGAA